CCCAUACAAUACGCUUUGUAUAAAAAGUGAGAUUAGUAAAAUUAUUUGUCUUUUUCGUAGAGUGUUGACUGAAGCAUAAUGAUUGCAAAAACUGUAGCUUUUGUGAUAUGCUGUGCAGUUGCAUCAGCGUCACCUCAAGGUCGCAUAGCUGGCGGUGAGGCGGCGGAAGUCGAAAGUCAUCCUUACAUGACGGCUCUGGUCUACUAUUACCCGCGACCCGACAUCUACAUUCAGCGCUGCGUCGGACCUUUGAUAUCAUCCUGGCAUGUGUUGACCACCGCCUACUGCUUCAAUGGAGCUACCUUAGAAAACUUUCAAGUGCGAGCUGGUUCCACAAAGAGCAUGGAAGGUGGCAGUGUGACCACCAUCGUGGAAGUCAUAGAGCACCCCGACUACGUGCUAAAUCCCCGGGAGAAUGACAUAGCUGUGGUACUCCUAGCCACACCCUUCUCCGUGAGCGAUGUGACAUACCCGUUACCACUUCCACCCCAGAAUCUUUACCUUGCUGAAGGAACUGCUGGCGUUGUGACUGGAUGGGGUUUUGAUGGGGAAGAUGGCGAUCAGCUGGAUUCAUUAAACACAGUCACACUUAGAACUGUAUCACUCGAUACUUGCGAGAAGGCCUAUGCGGAUGUUAGCGAUGUUGCCAUUAAGGACACUGUUCUCUGCGCCAGCGAAGAAAACAAAGGUACUUGUUUCGGUGACUCUGGCGCACCAUUGACUACAUACAUCUACAGCCAGAAAGCUCUUAUCGGAAUCUCAUCCGUCUACAAGGACUGUGGCUCCGCGGAGUACCCGGACGUAUUCACGAGAGUAGACCGGUUCACAGACUGGAUACUGGAGGUCGCCGUCGUUCCUAGCAAAUCCUCAGGAUAUGCUUCACCACAACUUGCUGUAUAACAUCACAAAAUCAUACAGAUAAAACUCUCCAAAGAAUAAAGUGUACAUAUAAAGUAAAAAUAAACUUACCAAUAAUUUUUUCA